AAGAAAUCUCACUUAAUUUUUCCACAUUGAAGAAUAGAGAUUUUUCUAAGCACCGCACAAGAUAUUAUUAUUUCACACCGACUUUCGAGAAAAAAACUAUGGCGACACUCGAUUCUGACGUGACGAUGGUUCCCGCCGGCGAAGCCUCAAGCAGUGCCGCCGGUCCCUCUUCCAAGAAGCCGAAGCGAUUCGAGAUCAAAAAGUGGAACGCAGUAUCUCUCUGGGCUUGGGAUAUCGUUGUUGAUAACUGUGCUAUAUGCCGGAACCACAUCAUGGAUCUCUGUAUUGAGUGUCAAGCUAACCAGGCUAGCGCCACUAGCGAGGAGUGCACAGUUGCUUGGGGGGUGUGUAACCAUGCUUUCCACUUCCAUUGCAUCAGUAGAUGGCUCAAGACUCGUCAAGUGUGUCCUCUAGACAACAGUGAGUGGGAGUUUCAGAAAUAUGGCCACUAAAUCAUUGACAUGGUGGAGCUCUUUGGCAUCUGAGUUGCCCAUCCUAGCUUUUGAAAAAAUUGCAGCUGUAUGUUAUUUUCUUUUUCUUGUCUACUGGAUUUAUUACCUUCAAGGAAGCCAUCUGUUUCUAAUGGAUUUUGAUACACACAGACAGCAAGAUAUGUAAAGUUUCAUUUUUAUGCCAUACUUGAACCCUUUUUGGUUGA